AUGCGCGGAGGCCCCGCCCGGGGAAUCCACCCGGGAUUUACCCGGGAUUCACCCGGGAUUUGGGCCAGGAGCGGGAAAACGGCCCCGCCCAGGUGGGUCCGAGCCCGGAUGGCGGCAAUCCCACGGGAACAGCCCCGGGAGGAGCCGGGAUCGGGAAGCGCCGGCGGCGGCGGCCCCGGGCAGGGCCCGCCACGUGCAGAAGCCAUGAAUUCCAGAAAAUUCCCCUCAGAAGCACGGAGAGCUUUCCCUGCUGCCAAGCCCCCCAGCCAGCAGCCAUCCCACGUCCUGGUGGUGGAUGCCACCUGCCCUGGCUGGGCCAGCACCUGCCCCGUGCUCGCCGAGGCUCUGGAGAACGUCCUGUGCCUGGCCUGCGGCCUGGCAGGGCCCUGCAGGGUGCCCCUGCUCAGCCUCUACGUGGUGCAGCCCCAGCAGGAGUGUCUGCUGCCCUUCACGCAAGUGAAAGAAAACUUUGCCCGAGUUCAAGCCUGCAUUUCUGAGCUCCGCUCACUGCCAGCUGAAGGCUGCUUCCCCCAGGGGGUGAAUGGAGUGCUGCAGGCUGUGCAGGAUGGAUUGCAGCAGUUCAAGCAGUACAGCAGGCACACAGCAGCAGGAGGCUCCACAAAUAGUUCUAUUGAGAUCACAAUUCUGACCAGCCAGCCCAGCAGAGACAUGGUAAAGCAGCUGGAAAAGAAGUUACAAGACAUAGACCUGGUGAGCCUGAGAAGAAUACAGGUCAUUGAGGUGGUGAAGAGAGAUUUCCUGCAGCCUGAGGAUGUGGAGCAGUGUGUGCCAGCAGAGGAGCCCAGCAGUGAUAUGGCAAUCCUGGGAAUGGACAUCGAGGUGCAAACUGUAGAGGACAAUGUCAUCAGCCUGGAGAUGCUGUUCAAAACCUGGCUCCAUGACCAUGGCACAGAGAGGGAACAGCUCCAUCUCCUCCUUCCCUCAGGAGCUUUUGGCCACGCUGCUGCACCCAAGAACACCUUAAUGUGCCUGAAGUGUGAUUUGCAGGAGAGGCUGCUGGACCCAGCCCUGCUUUUGGGGACAUCUGAUGGCCCUGGGAGAGCAGCAGAUGCCACCUGUCCCUGGCAUGUGACAGCCUGGCCCUCCCCAGCUCUGCACAAACUCCGGGUGCUGAAGGCUCUGAAGUCUGAAGGGGUCUGUGAGUCUGUGCUCUAUGGGCUGCCCUUCAUCAUCAAGCCCACAAGCUGCUGGCAGCUGGACUGGGAUGAACUGGAGACAAACCAGCACAGCUUCCAUGCUUUGUGUCACAGCCUCCUGAAAAGGAAGUGGAUGCUCUUGGCCAGGCAGGAGCCCCAGAACACGGGACCAAACUGGAACAUGGUGGUGCACUCCUAUUAUGUCAUUGUCCCCUCUGACUCUGCCACUCUCCUGGUGAAAGCAGUGGCCAUCAGAGAGCUCCUGCUGCCAUCAGCCUUCCCAGCCCUCCUGGCUGAGCACCCCGAGCGAGUCAGGGGCCCCAUCGAGAGUACCUUGAACAACUUGGAAGUGGAAGUUGCUUACAACCCCUUGCACCUGAAGAGCAACCUGUACAAAUACCUGAAGAGCUCCUUGUACAAACCUCCCCACCGGCAGCAGCCCCAGCCCAGGGAGCAGCGCCCGGAGCGCCACCAGCCCAGGCAGCCUCAGAGCAGAGCCAAAGCUGCAGUGGCUCCCCUGCUGAUGGCUCCCUCUCCACUUCAGACAUUCAGACCGGCAGCAGCAGCAGCCAGGAGAGGGUCCUGUGAGGGCUCCCUGCUGCCCAAGGAGUAUGAGGAGUUCCUGCAGUGA